UACACAAUAUGAAACAAGAAAGAACUGUAAUUGUGUUCCUUUCUUCAAGCAGGACUGUGUCUGUUAUAUGGACUACACCAUUGGUGGCUACACUGGGGAUGUCCUUGACCAUCCCUCUGGCCAUGGUGGCUGAUAUGGUAAUUCACGGCCGUCAUUACUCUGCCAUCUACAUCUUCGGCUGCCUACAGGUAUGUACGUCGUCCUAUGCUUCCACAUCUCUUGUUUCUCGAAUGGUACAUAGUAUGAAGUAAAGAAACUAAGAGGGGAGAUAUGGUCCAAACCCUCUUGACUUAGAAUGGUUUUGAGUUGUAAGUAUGAAAUCUUUCGAGUCUUUUCCAGGUAUUUGCAGGUUUGUGGCCAAUCUUUCAGACAAGUUCUCAGGGGUUGCAGAGUUGUAGCUGCAGGCAAAGAUCCUGAUAGAAGAGAAUGAACAAGAUCCUUCCGCCCAGGGAAAUGUAACGAAAAAAUGUUCUAAUGUAGUCCGUCCGAGACCUGCUAACUAGCAUGGUCCUAUUUUGAAACCUACAUUAGUCUUUGCAUUUAAUUUACUAGUCUUUUAUGAUUCUCAGUGCCACAUUGGCUGAACUUGCAAAUUGUUCAUAGCGCUAGUAGAGCUUCUUUCGUAGUACAAAUCCUCGUCGGGAGUUGUCAACCUUGCCUUCGAUGCAAGAGCAUGAAUGAUGGAACCUGUUUGGACCGAGAAGAGAUCAUGAUCAAGUAAACCUCUAGGUAAAUAGCCAUUACAUCAAUGGAACACAUCCUCUAGGUAUUACUCUUCCUGCUGGCUGAUCUCCCAUUGCUGAUUGGGGAGUUCUACACCCGCUUGCUGGUUGAAAUGCUUGUGGUCAUCCGUUACGUGUGCUUCCCUGCUCGCCGUGUUCCCAACAAGCAUCGGGGGCUAGGGACCAUGCGGAAGGUGGCGCUAGAGAUGGUUGCUCUGCAGGCAGCUAUGGUGGUGAAACAUUUGGCUCCUGAUAAUGUAUUUGCCUUCCUCGCAUUGGUGUUCUUCACUGCCGACUGCUGGGCUCUCCUGAAGAGGUCCUUCGGCUUCGCUGAUGUCAGCUGGGGUAAUGUUUUGUUGGUAGCUGUCCUUCAGGCUUUGGUUCGGUUUGCUCCGUAUGUGGGAUUGAUUCCAUUACUCGCGUCCUUCGCUGGCUACAAGUUCUGGGCUUAUGGUGGUGGCGAGAGGACUAGUGAUGACGAUGAUGGAAUGGAAGGAAUGGAUGGUGUCCUUUAGAAGCAUGUCCUAGCAGAUGUGUGAUGUGGGGAGGGGAUUAGGGGAAGAUGUGCUUAUGACUCCUGCUUAGUUUCUGUUUUUGUUGAGGUACCCUGUGCUUUUAUGGCAGCCUAACUAAGCAUUUUGCGCUUUGGAGUCUAACUUCUGUUAAUUGGCAUGUAAUUGUUUAACUAUGCUGUUUUCCUUGUUGAUUUGCUUUGGACAUGUAAUGGAUCUAUAUAUUAAAGUUGUAAACAAUGA